AUGAUCAAUGGAUCAAGUUCAAUGGUUUAUACACAAUAUAAACUAGUUGCAGGGUUAUUGGUGGUACCUGCUGAAAAUACUAUGGAAAAUCAUCAAUUUUGCAAAGUUGAAGAAAAUGUUGAAACAAUUAUUAAAAUUGAAACUGAUACAUUUGAUGACUAUGAGUGGAAUAGUACAAUUGAAAUUGUUCCAGACAAUAUAGUGGAUGAUUAUUUGUGUGAUAGUACAAUUGGAAUGUCUGAAGGUGUUGACAACCAAAAUAAUGUGGAGUUACCCUUUGAAUCUCAGCGAGAAGAAUACUCAAAUGCAAAUUCCAAAGGUAGAAUUACUUCCUAUGAAAUUUUGAACAGUCAAUCAGCUGUAUCUGUUGCUUCUCAUCAUUCAAUAACACACAAUUGGCCAGAUUCAAAUAUUAAAGAAGAAAAAUACAUGAGUUCAAAUGUCAUAGAAACAAAUAAUUCAUAUCAAAUAAAUUUACCAAAUGAUGAUCAAAAACCAUUGAUUGAAUUUACUUCAAAUCAAGAUUCAAAGAAUUUUAUUGAAUCUCUUCGAUUCAAAUGUAAUUAUUGUGAGAAAACAUAUAGUACUCUUUCCCGUCGAUUAACACAUAUGAAAAAGUUCCACAUUGAGUCAGAUACAACAGGUUCUUCUAUAAUAACUUAUAACAAACCUAAAAAACCUGUUCAAUGUGACAUUUGCUUGGAAACCUUUAGUAGCUCUGGAUAUUUAAUUCAACAUAAAAGGAUACAUUCAGGUGAUAAACCAUACACAUGUGUUAAGUGCAAUGCGGCUUUCACAUUUAAAUCAAACUUAAGAGCACACCAGAAGAAAAAAAUACCAUGUUAUAUUCCGUUUUUAUAUUAA